AUGACAUCAUCAGAGAUAAUACCAUCAAGGGAAAUUAAAGUGAACAAUCAGUCUAUGAAUAUAGAAAAUCUGCGACCAAAUGCUAUCAUACCUUUCACAAGUUAUGAAUCAUCAGUGAUCAUUGAAUAUACACCGCAAGGGGCAAAACCAGUGAAUGAGGUUAAACUGAAGAGUACUGAUAACAUAAAGACAUUCAACGUUAAAUUUUAUAAUGCUGAUGGAUCAGUGGUAUCAAAAACGAUAGAAGUACUUGAAAGUGCUUAUAAUAACGGACAUCUCAAUGUCAACAAAGUCCAAAUAAGCAUCACUCCAAAAGACAAAGAGAACACAUAUCAACCAGUCAAAUUACAAAUUCAGAUCUAUGGAUGUUAUGAAAUUGGAACAACUACGUUUCAAAUACCGUCAACUGUUUCUCAACAGUCUGUUGUUUCAACUAAGACGAGUGUAAGAGUGGAAUCACCAGUGACGACACCUGUUGGUAAGACAACAACUACAUAUGGGCUAUCAUCAGUUAAAACCACAAUGGAAGUGUCAUCAGCGAAAUCCACUGCAGGAAUAUCGAGUGAAAAAACAACACCUGCUGUCAAAACGAUAGCUACAACUACGGCAAGAGAAACCAAGCAUACGACUGGUAUUAUUUCAUCAGAGGGAGUCACUUCCCCUGUGCCCAGUACUGGGGAAACAACCAUUAAAAUAACAAGUAGACAAACUACUCCUGUUGCCGCAACAACUGAAACAUCAAUGAAAAUGACAAGUGUACACUCCAGUGAAGAGGUGAAAUCAGAGCGCACUACACCUGUUAGAAUGUCGACGAAACAUGUGACUCCAAAAGGUACAACGACUGAAAUGAAAAAAGCAAGUGUGGUGUCGACAACUAGUGCAAUCCCAUCAAUCCCAGCAACGGGCACAACAACUAUUGUAAUACCGUCAAUUGUUUCUACACCAUCUGUUGCUUCAACUAAGACGAGUGUAAGAGUGGAAUCACCAGUGACGUCACCUGUUGGUAAGACAACAACUACAUAUGGGCUAUCAUCAGAAAAAAGCACAACGGAAGUGUCAUCACCUGAAUCCACUGUAGGAAUAUCGAGUGAAAAAACAACACCUGCUGUCAAAUCGAUAGCUACAACUACGUCAAGAGAAAUCAAGCAUACGACUGGUAUUAUUUCAUCAGGGGGAGUUACUUCCCCUGUGCCCAGUACUGGGGAAACAACCAUUAAGGUAACAAGUAGACAAACUACUCCUGUUGCUGCAACAACUAAAACAUCCAUGAAAAUGACAAGUGUACACUCCAGUGAAAAAGUGAAAUCAGAGCACACUACACCUGUUAGAUUGUCCACAAAACAGGUGACUCCAAUAGGUACAACGACUGAAUUGAAAGUAGUAAGUGUUGUGGCAACGACAAGUGCAGUACCAUCACUCACAUCUACGGUUUCAAGUACCACCCCAGUAUGUGAUGUAUCAGAGGGAAUGAUGUCACCAACAACUAUUCCAUCUAGUGAAAUAAAAGUAAAUGAUGACAUGGCAAAAAUAGACAAUUUACGACCAGGUGGUUUGAUACCAAUGAUGAGUUCUAAGCCUACACUGGUAAUACAAUACACACCUUCAAUUGCCAAGUCUGUGCAAAGAGUAGAAUUAGUAUCAACAGAAAACAUAAUAUCAUACACUGUUACAUUUUUCAAUGCUGAUGGAACUACUAUAAAAAGAACAAUGAAAGUUACAGAAAGUGCAAACAAUGUUGCUGGAAAUCCUAAUGUGAAGAAAGUUGAAAUCCUGAUUACACCUGAAGAUAAGAAAAGUUCUUAUCAGCCAGUAGAUCUUCAACUGAAAAUAUUUGCAUGCCAUGAAAUAGGCACAACAACAAUUGUAAUACCAUCAAUUGUUUCUACGCCGUCUAUUGCUUCAACUAAGACGAGUGUAAGAGUGGAAUCACCAGUGACGUCACCUGUUGGUAAGACAACAACUACAUAUGGGCUAUCAUCAGUAAAAAGCACAAUGGAAGUGUCAUCAGCGAAAUCCACUGCAGGAAUAUCGAGUGAAAAAACAACACCUGCUGUCAAAACGAAAGCUACAACUACGGCAAGAGAAACCAAGCAUACGAGUGGUAUUAUUUCAUCAGAGGGAGUUCCUUCCCCUGUGCCCAGUACUGGGGAAACAACCAUUAAAAUAACAAGUAGACAAACUACUCCUGUUGCCGCAACAACUGAAACAUCAAUGAAAAUGACAAGUGUACACUCCAGUGAAGAGGUGAAAUCAGAGCGCACUACACCUGUUAGAUUAUCGACAAAACAGGUGACUCCAAUAGGUACAACGACUGAAUUGAAAGUAGUAAGUGUUGUGUCAACGACAAGUGCAGUCCCUUCACUCACAUCUACGGUUUCAAGUACCACCCCAGUAUGUGAUGUAUCAGAGGGAAUGAUGUCACCAACAACUAUUCCAUCUAGUGAAAUAAAAGUAAAUGAUGACAUGGCAAAAAUAGACAGUUUACGACCAGGUGGUCUUAUACCCAUGAUGAGUUCUAAGCCUACACUGGUAAUACAAUACACACCUUCAAUUGCCAAGUCUGUGCAAAGAGUAGAAUUAGUAUCAACAGAAAACAUAAUAUCAUACACUGUUACAUUUUUCAAUGCUGAUGGAACUACUAUAAAAAGAACAAUGAAAGUUACAGAAAGUGCAAACAAUGUUGCUGGAAAUCCUAAUGUGAAGAAAGUUGAAAUCCUGAUUACACCUGAAGAUAAGAAAAGUUCUUAUCAGCCAGUAAAUCUUCAACUGAAAAUAUUUGCAUGCCAUGAAAUAGGCACAACAACAAUUGUAAUACCUUCAAUUGUUUCUACGCCGUCUGUUGCUUCAACUAAGACGAGUGUAAGAGUGGAAUCACCAGUGACGUCACCUGUUGGUAAGACAACAACUACAUAUGGGCUAUCAUCAGUAAAAAGCACAAUGGAAGUGUCAUCAGCGAAAUCCACUGCAGGAAUAUCGAGUGAAAAAACAACACCUGCUGUCAAAACGAAAGCUACAACUACGGCAAGAGAAACCAAGCAUACGACUGGUAUUAUUUCAUCAGAGGGAGUUACUUCCCCUGUGCCCAGUACUGGGGAAACAACCAUUAAAAUAACAAGUAGACAAACUACUCCUGUUGCCGCAACAACUGAAACAUCAAUGAAAAUGACAAGUGUACACUCCAGUGAAGAGGUGAAAUCAGAGCGCACUACACCUGUUAGAUUAUCGACAAAACAGGUGACUCCAAUAGGUAUGCAGAUGGUACAACGACUGAAUUGA